GCAAUCCAUGUCUUCUCUUUCAAUUUUAUAGUGCGUCGGUGCGAUAAAUAGGAAUCUGUAGCCAUGGCCCUGAACAACAACUACACAAACCACAUAGUCACAAAUGGACAAUCUCAGCACGACGUACACGACAAUGAAGAGCUGGACGAUGAUUCUGUGGAGACCUUCCUUUUCACAUCAGAGUCUGUCGGCGAGGGACAUCCCGAUAAAAUGUGUGACCAAAUCAGCGAUGCCAUCUUAGAUGCCCACUUAAAGCAAGAUCCAAAUGCAAAGGUUGCAUGUGAAACUGCGACAAAGACUGGCAUGAUCAUGGUGUUCGGAGAAAUAACGUCGGAUGCUAUAGUUGACUACCAGAAGGUUGUGCGAGAGACUGUAAAAAAAAUUGGAUACGACUGCAGUACGAAAGGAUUUGACUACCGGACAUGUAAUGUGUUGGUGGCAAUUGAGCAACAGAGUCCAGAGAUUGCUGCAGGGGUCCAUCAGCUGAGACGGGAAGAGGAUAUAGGUGCAGGGGACCAGGGCCUCAUGUUUGGCUACGCCACUGAUGAGACAGAGGAAUGCAUGCCCCUUACGGUGGUGUUGGCUCAUAAGCUGAACAAGAGGUUGGCUGAACUUCGUCGUGACGGCACUUUUCCGUGGGCAGGGCCAGACUCCAAAACACAGGUGACGUGCGAGUACUUCUUCGACCAUGGGAGGGCGGUCCCUAUCAGAGUUCAUACUGUGGUGGUGUCAACGCAGCACUCGGAAGCUGUGACGCUCGAGGAGCUCCGCAAGGAAAUCAUGGAGAAGGUCAUCAAAGAUGUCAUACCUGCCAAGUAUCUCGACCGCCGAACUGUGUACCAUAUCAACCCUUGUGGGAAAUUCGUGCAGGGAGGACCGAUGGGAGAUGCUGGUCUGACAGGGCGCAAAAUUAUUGUCGACACCUACGGAGGCUGGGGAGCUCAUGGUGGUGGUGCUUUCUCUGGCAAGGACCCGACCAAAGUGGAUCGAUCAGCUGCCUAUGCUGCUCGAUGGGUAGCAAAGUCUCUCGUGAAGGGAAACAUCUGCAAGCGCUGCCUUGUUCAGGUGUCUUAUGCCAUUGGUAUUGCUGAACCUUUAUCUAUCACGGUGCUCCCUUAUGGCACCUCAAAGUACUCUCAGAAGGAGCUCCUGAACAUAGUGAAGAACAACUUUGACCUCCGACCGGGAAUCAUCAUUCGGGAUCUUAACCUCAAGAACCCAAUCUACCAGAACACGAGUGCUUAUGGACACUUUGGUCGCAAAGAAUUUCCCUGGGAAAUUCCUAAGCAACUUAUCCUCUAACUGCCACUACCCAUGUUCAUAAACACGUAGGCUGGGCAUCAUUUAUGGGCCUGCAGGCCGUGAUGGGUGAUAUUUGUGAUUUGUGACUAUGCUCUUCAUGUUUGAAGAAUGUAUGAAGUAGUACUUCCCAUCACUGCUGACAGGAGUCAUGCAUUGUAGUUUGUUUCAUCUGGGCCCUGGACUCAUUCCUUACACGAAAUGCGAUGUGAGGAUGUUCUUUUCUGCGCAUUUCUGUAUCAUGCAUGUCAUUUUUUGGACACAAAUAGUGAAAUUCUUCCGUGUGCGACCAUGGACGCGGGCCAAAAGGAGUACUACGGAGCUCACGUAACUGGCACCCAGGCACCUACAAAACAGCCCCCGGGAAAGCGGAUAUGUGCAUUGGUGUUGAUUUGGAACUUCUGUUGACUGACGUAUCAUUUAUUGUGCAAGCCUGCAAUGCGUUUGCAGCUCUUGCACGCUUCUGCAAUUAAGCCAGCAUAGAAAGGUGUUUUAGCGUUUCCUUUGAAUGGCCUUUUUUUUAUUAUAAUUUCCAUGUCGGCUCCGUGUAUGGAAAUAUUAAUUUGGUGCUGCUUAUAAUGGCUGUUUUAGUCCCCGGGGAAACAUGCAGAACCCAAACAGUGUAGUUUGCUGUGACAGAUAUUUAUUGAAUAUCGGUUUCAUUCAUUGGCAUCUUAAUCUUUGAAGUGUUGUACCUGUGUAUGUUACAUUUCACUGCACCGACAUAAAUAAAUGCUGUUUUGGGUGAAGCA